UUAGUCUAAGAAUCUCUAAACUUGGUGCCAAAACUUUUCCAAAACAUUUUAAAGGGUAAUAUAUCAGUAUUUUUAAAAUAUCUGACUCAAUUUUGGAUAUAUUCUGCAUAAUAUGCUUUUAGUUCUAGGUUUGUCUUUAUGGUGGGAAUUCGCCAAAAACACCCUUAGAGAAAAAACUAACUCACUCAGUCUAGAAUCAUCAUUAUUUUUAAUCUCUCCCACUGGGUGUGAAGCAGGCUGUACCAUCUUGGUUAUCGUUUGUAAUUGGGUAGUAGAGCUACACUCUAUGAUCUUAAAAUGAUAGAAUCACCUAAUGACGCAUUUCUUAGAAUAAAUCACCGUGAUUAAGCAAUGACAUCACGGAGUGAUUGUUUGUUUGUUUGUUUGUUUGUUUGUUUGUUUAUAAUCCACUAUGCUGUUUGUGCUUAUGGAGGAGUCUGAGUCGGCAAGUAGGUUCAUCCCAAGCUUUUGUCCAUCUUUAGUCCAUCAUCUACAGUCACACCUGUACAGGUACAUUCCUCGAAUUUAGCAAUACCUUGGUGCUGUACUAUAAGCAAUUACACUGUACAAAGUUACAGUUAUUAACUUUGGAACAGAAGGAAAUGUCUCUCCUGGCCAUUGCUGGUCUGCUGUGGAGUUUGUGCCUGUGGUCAUGUUUGGGUUCCAGCGAAAUCCAGGUGACCUGUGUCUUCUCUGAAGUCUGUGUGCUGCCCUGCCAAUUUACCAGAGGUAAAGAUGAAGUCAUCCACUGGUACAAAGGUACAGCUGUGGUCCACAGCUAUUACGACAACAUGGACCAACUGGCCCAGCAGGAUCCAGCAUACAAAAACAGGACCUCUAUGGACAAGGAGCAGGUUGCCAAGGGCAACGCCUCACUGAGCCUGUGGAGGACCAACCUCCAGGAUGGCGGCAAAUACAGGUGCUACUGCAGCACUGCACAGAGUCAGGAGUCCUUCGUCGUGGUCGAAGUCAAAGGGAACCACGGGGGAUCAACCAAAGGGAGCUCGCUAUGGGCACUCCUUCCUCUUGGUCCAGUUGCAAUCAUCAUAAUUCUACCAUGCAUCAUCAAGAGACAGCAGAUCCGGGACAGUUUGAGGAUGAGGUGCCAAGGCAAACAAGCUGGCAACAGAGCAAGCAGGAAUACAGAAAACAGACUGGAGGGACUGGAACUGAACAGUGACCCAGUGACUCAGAACCCUAACAACCUCAGCCUCAGCACAGGCUCCCCCCAGGGCUGUGUGUUGGGUCCCCUGCUCUUCACCCUGUACACCCACGACUGUGUUCCUGCCCACCUCAGCAAGAGUAUUAUCACGUUUGCUGAUGACACCACCGUGGUGGGGCUCAUCUCAGGGGGGGACGAGUCUGCGUACCAUGAUGAGGUGGAACGGCCAAACUCACGCGAGGGCAGGAAGGUCUAUGAGACGGACGGCUUCAUGCAGGUGGUCUGCGUGUGCCGUGAUCUGCAGGAUGUAGACAGAGAAGCAGGAGUCGGAGCAAACAAAGAAGGGGAGGCUAGGAUGUGGGCUACAGAGAAGCACAACAUCAGUGAUGGAACUGAACCUCCCUUGACGGGGAGCCAUUUAAACAAAGAAAUCCAGGUGACCUGUGUCUUCUCUGAAGUCUGUGUGCUGCCCUGCCAAUUUACCAGAGGUAAAGAUGCAGUCAUCCACUGGUACAAAGGUACAGCUGUGGUUCACAGCUUCUACUACAACAAGGACCAACUGGCCCAGCAGGACCCAGCAUACAAAAACAGGACUUCUAUGGACAGGGAGCAGGUUGCCAAGGGCAACGCCUCACUGAGCCUGUGGAGGACCAACCUCCAGGACCGCGGCAAAUACAGGUGCUACUGCAGCACUACACAGAGCCAGGAGUCCUUCUUCGUGGUCGAGGUCAAAGCUCUAGUCCGAUCAGUAGAUAUGAAGGUUCUCGGUGAGGAGGUUCACUGCUCAUCCCAGAACAUCUAUCCCAAGCCUCAUGUUUCUUGGGAGACUGACCCCCCUACAAACUCAGAAGCCCUUCAGGCCACCACUGAAAGCUUACCAGACUCAGUGGGCCUCUUUACACUGGAGAGCCGGGUGGGAAUUCUGGGAAAUCGCUCAGACUACACAUACAUCUGCUCCAUCUCCUUAGAGGGAGCAUCACAGCUAUGGACGGCCUCACUGAAACACCAAGACAUAAUUGAAGGUGUAGAGGGCCAAGCUCUGAGCAUCCCCUGCCAUGCUCCAAAUGAUCUGCAGAACUUCACCCUCACCUGGGCCUUCAUGACGACGGGGCAGCCCACUGUCUUUCUUAGCUUCAGCAGCCAGACUGGAAAGGUGGCGAACAACUGGGGUGACCGGGUCCAAUUGGACCCAGCCCAGGCUCAGUCAGGAAACGGAUCCCUGCAGCUGCAGAACUUACAGGACCAGGAGAUGAAUGGAACAUUUAUCUGCACCUUCUCCAAAGAGUACAGCAGACACACAGUCUACACCAGCGUCAGAGUUACUGGGGCAGGGAACCAGGGGCAUGAAUGGCUGUGGCCAGUCCUUGCUGUUGCCUUCAUUGCAGCCUUCAUAAUUCUGCCAUGCAUCAUAUGGAGGUACUUCAGACAGCAGAUCCGGGACAGUUUUAGGAUGAGGUGCCAAGGCAGACAAGCAGGCAACAGAGCAAGCAGGAAUACAGAAAACCAGCAGAAUCAGCCGGAAGAGGAAUUGGAACUGACCAGUGACCCAGGCAGAGAGGUAGACAAUGAAGCAAGCAGGAAUACAGAAAACCAGCAGAAUGAGCCUGAUGAGGGACUGGAACUGACCAGUGACUCAGGCAGAGAGGUGGACAAUGAAGCAAGCAGGUUGGUAUACAGCAGGCAUGCAAACGUGCAUCUCCUCACAAGGAAUACAGAAAACCAGCAGAAUGAUACUGAUGAGGCAGUGGGACUGACCAGUGACCCAGGCAGAGAGGUGGACAAUAAAGCAAGCAGGAAUACAGAAAACCAGCAGAAUCAGCCGGAAGAGGCAGUGGGACUGACCAGUGACUCAGGCAGAGAGGUGGACAAUGAAGCAAGCAGGAAUACAGAAAACCAGCAGAAUGAUACUGAUGAGGUAGUGGGACUGACCGGUGACCCAGGCAGAGAGGUGGACAAUGAAGCAAGCAGGUUGGUAUACAGCAGGAAUACAGAAAACCAGCAGAAUGAUACUGAUGAGGCAGUGGGACUGACCAGUGACCCAGGCAGAGAGGUGGACAAUGAAGCAAGCAGGAAUACAGAAAACCAGCAGAAUGAGCCUGAUGAGGGACUGGAACUGACCAGUGACCCAGGCAGAGAGGUGGACAAUGAAGCAAGCAGGAAUACAGAAAACCAGCAGAAUGAUACUGAUGGGGUAGUGGGACUGACCGGUGACCCAGGCAGAGAGGUAGACAAUGAAGCAAGCAGGAAUACAGAAAACCAGCAGAAUCAGCCGGAAGAGGCAGUGGAACUGAAUAGUUACUCAGACAGAGAGGUAGACAAUGAAGCAAACAGGUUGGUAUACAGCAGUCAUGCAAACGUGCAUCUCCUCACAAGGAAUACAGAAAACCAGCAGAAUGAUACUGAUGAGGGACUGGAACUGACCAGUGACCCAGCGACUCAGAACCCUGACAGCACCUGAAGCAGGAGCUCCAGGCCUGAGACCGCAACCAGAGCCUGGAGUCCAAGAAAUGAAACCUGCUCUUCACAUGUCGUAUAUAUUCGUAUAUUAAGAUUUAUUAUAUUCACUAGCAUUAAUAUAUUAAAUUCAUUCUGUAAAUUUUGGAAAUUUAAAGUAAUUCUUAGUAUCCUUCCUGUUUUGACUUUCAUA